AUGGCGGCGGCCAAGAAGAGGCCGUGGAAGUGUUGCGACAAGGCCUUCUGCACCAUGUCUAUCCCACCGAUCUGCCGCUGCAUGGACGAGCUCUUCGAGUGCCCCUCCACCUGCAAGUCCUGCGGGCCGUCCAUGGCUGACGCACCUCGCAUUGUCUGCCAGCACCAGUACGUAGGCGACCCCGGGUCAUAUGCCGGCGGUGGGAUUGCUGCGACUCGCCUACUUGUUGUUGGAAAUAUGAGCAAAUCACUACGAGAUUUAAUCUGA